AUGAAGGAAGUGAAGGAGCCGAGGCAUCGCAAAGACAACAGGCGCCCAGACUUGGAGAUUUACAAGCCUGGCCUCUCCCGACUGAGGAGCAAACUCAUGCCACCAAAGCACGAGGCCUCAGAGAAGGAGAGGAGCAGAGCUGAGGAGGAGAAUGCCAGCGACAAGGGCCCUUCGGGAGGAGAGGCUCUAGUCAUGGAGGAUUUCGGCAAAGGUGAUGGUGGCCCUAAGCAGAAUGGUCCUUCGCAGGAAAACGAAGAGACAGAGACUAAAGGUGGUCUUCAGAGCCAGGAGAACUUGUCCAAGCAGCCUGCUCCAGAUGAGUGGUGUCCCAAGACCACCAGGAGAACUAAGAAGCCAGACCAGCAGAUCUACCAGCCUGGGAAACGCCUGCAUUCAGCUGCUAAAGAACCAGCCCUGCGGUCAGCUACUGAGGAAGUCACCGGUAAGAUGGAGCAGCUGAAAGUCGAGGGAGAUGAAGAGGCUGAAAAAGGUACUGGAAAAGACAACAACAGGAAAACCAAAUCAAGCAAGGAAGAUAGAGAGGGGAGCCAGGCAGGGGAAGGAGUGAAAGCCUCAAGGGGAGAAAAAGGAAGACGAAUAGAACGAAAUGACAGGAUAAGGAGAACAAGCGACGAGGUGAUGCAGGGGAAGCUGGGCUCUACCAAACGGUACUCCCGCUCUGAUAAGCGGCGGAGCCGAUACCGCACCUGCAGCACAAGUUCAGCCGGAAGCAAUAACAGCGUAGAUGGAGCCCCGCUUGUGGACAGGGUGGAGAGGCGGCAGGAGCGUGCCAGAGAAAGAAUACGGCCUAGGAAGCAGCUCUCUGCGUCUUCCACUGACUCCUUGGACGAUGACAGAAUCGAUGAGGCAGAAGCAUAUGUCUUCAGCCGGAAUUUCAUCAUGAAUUCAGACAAGAAAAAGCGUUCAGAGCAGAGUCGAGCUUCUAGGAGCGAGAGCGAGUGGAGCAGCAAUGGCAGGGAAGUCAAGGGACCCUUUCGAGUCACAUUUGACAGCAAGACUAUGAGCAGGGAUAUCAGUCUGGCAGAUACAGAUAAAAAAAAGCCCCUGAAGGCGUUCGUUAGUUGCAAUGACUCAGAGGCUUCAGAGUCGAGGAGCCAGAGCAGAGAGCCCCAAGGGAGGGGCCGUGGGAUUCUGUUCCUGCCUGCCAACACGGACCUCUCUGCCAGCACUGCGGGCUCCCCCGAACCCAGUCACCCUGGGCCCAGGCUCCUGCUUGGUGGUGCUGGGAGUAAAGGCCCCCGAAGCAGGGGCCGAGGCGGCACUGCUCGCAGGCUGUGGGACCCAAAUAACCCAGACCAAAAACCUGCCCUGAAGAACCAGACCGCUCAGCUUCACUUCCUAGACACAGACGAUGAAGUGAGCCCCACCUCCUGGGGGGAAGCCCGCCAGGCCCAAACGUCCUACUAUAAGUUCCAAAACUCUGACAACCCCUACUAUUACCCUCGGGCCUCUGGUCAAGGCCCCCAGUACCCCCUGCAGUAUCCUAUGGGUCCAAGCAACGGUGUGUACCCAGGAGCCUAUUACCCUGGCUACCCCGGCCAGGCAGGGCAGUACAUGUGCGGCCCACUCCCUCCGACUCCUCUGAGUCCUGAGAUGGAGCAGCAGAUGCGGAACAUGCAGCAGCAGGAGCUCAGCAAACUCCUCCGUGAGGCUGGGAACCAGGAGCAGCAGCUCAGCAAUCUGCUUUCCAGAGACCGCAUCAGCCCAGAGGGGCUGGAGAAGAUGGCCCAGCUGAGGUUGGAGAUGCUGCAGCUGUACGAGCGGUGCAUCCUGAUGGAUAUCGAGUUCUCUGAUACCCAAAACGUGGACCAGCUGCUGUGGAAGAACGCGUUUUACCAGGUGAUUGAGAAAUUCCGGCAGCUCCUCAAGGACCCUCAGGGAGAAAAUGCCCAAGAAAUUCGGAACAAACUGCUCCAGCUUCUAGAUGAGGGCACUUCUUUUUUUGAUGGCCUACUCCAGAAGCUGCAGGUGUCAUACCAGUUCAAGCUAGAGGACUAUAUGGACGGGAUGGCCAUCCGCAGUAAGCCUCUGAGGAAAAUGGUGAAGUACGCGCUGAUCAGUGCUCAGAGGUGUAUGAUUUGUCAAGGGGAUAUUUGCCGAUACAGAGAACAAGCAAAUGACACCGCAAACUACGGAAAGGCACGCAGCUGGUACCUGAAGGCUCAGCAAAUUGCUCCCAAAAACGGCCGCCCGUACAAUCAGCUGGCGCUCCUGGCCAUCUACACGAGGAGAAAGCUGGAUGCUGUCUACUAUUAUAUGCGCAGUCUGGCUGCUAGCAACCCCAUCCUCACAGCCAAGGAGAGCCUCAUGAGUCUGUUUGAAGAGACAAAACGCAAGGCUGAGCAGAUGGAGCAGAGGAAACAUCAGGUGCUGGAUCUGAGCCCCAGCCGCCGGGGGAAGGGCAAGAAGUCCACAUUGCGACAAGUUGGAGAUGAUGCCACGCGGCUGGAGAUCUGGAUCCAUCCUUCCCACCCCCGCUCCUCCCAGGGCCACGAGUCCGGCAGGGAUUCUGAGCAGGACAACGGUCUUGGGAACCUCAGCCCCAGCGAC